GAAAGGAGGAACUCUCAGACAGCUGGGCUCAGAGCUGUUAAGCCACCAGCACGUUUUGACAGCUCCCUCCUCUUCGCUCAGACGGGUGCAUCUUCCGAGCACUGCCCCAGCCAUGAACAAAUUGCUGGGGGCUCUCCUCUCUUGGAGCCUGGUGGCCUGGGUGCAAGGAGCAGAGAGGCCUCCAGAGCUACCAGCUGCUGCUGGGUUUCAGGCAUGUAAGAAAGUCCUGAAUCUCCCAGGGAUGGAGGUACUGCCGGGCGGGGGCUGGGACAACCUCAGGAACCUGGAUAUGGGGAGAGUGAUCAGCAUGGGCUACUCGCUGUGCAAGACCACAGAGGAUGGGUCCUACAUCAUCCCAGAUGAGGUCUUCACCAUCCCCCGCAAGCAGAGCAACCUGGAGAUCAACUCGGAGAUCAUAGAAUCUUGGAUGGACUACCAGAGCGCCUUCGCCGCCUCGGUCAACACAGAGGUCUCCCUCUUCUCCUCUCUCAAUGGCAAGUUCUCCAGUGACUUCCGCAAGAUGAAGACCCACCAGGUGAAGGACCAGGCCAUGACCACCCGGGUUCAGGUCAGGAACCUGGUCUACACUGUCAAGUUUGACCCUGGGGCAGCCCUGGACAAGGGCUUCCGCCAGCAGCUGGUGGCCCUUGCUGUGCACCUGGAGAACAACCAGACCCGGAUGGCAGACUACUUGGCAGAGGUGCUGGUGCUGAACUAUGGUACCCAUGUCAUUACCUCGGUGGAUGCUGGCGCCAGCCUGGUGCAAGAGGAUCAGAUCAAAUCCACCUUUGUCCAGGACAACAUGUCCACACGGAGUGCCAUCACUGCCGCAGCUGGGGCCUCCUUCCACAGCAUCAUCAACUUCAGCGUCAGCGAGUCACUGAGCAUGGAGAACUCCUUCACCAAGCAGUACCUGUCCAACCGCACCAACUCCCGGGUGGAGAGCAUUGGUGGCGUGCCCUUCUAUCCAGGGAUCACCCUCAAGGCCUGGCAAGUGGGCACCACCAACCAGCUGGUGGCUAUUGACCGCUCUGGCUUGCCCUUGCAUUUCUUCAUCACGCCCAGGAGCCUGCCGGAGCUACCCAGCCCCACAGUGAAGAAGCUCUCCCGGAGAGUAGAGUUGGCUGCCCGCCGCUACUACACCUUCAACACCUACCCUGGCUGCACCGACACCACCUCGCCAAACUUCAACUUCCACGCCAACGCCGACGAUGGCUCCUGCAAAGUGGCUGAGACCAACUUUACCUUCGGGGGCGCCUACCAGGAGUGCGUCCCUCUGUGGGGCCCGGAUGCAUCAGUCCUUUGCCAGGGGCUAGAACACAGGAACCCACUCACCAGGGGGUUCUCCUGCCCUGUGGGCUACACCCCGGUGCGACUGAGCACCCAGGAGAGGGAAGAAGGCUACAGCCACCUGGAGUGCCACAGCUCCUGUAGGCUGUUGCUGUUCUGCAAGAGAGUGUGUCAGGAUGUGUUCUGGCUGUCCAAGGUCCAGUUCAGUGCCUUCUGGUGCAUGGCAAGAAGCCAGGUCCCUGAGAACUCAGGGUACCUCUUCGGGGGUCUCUUCAGCUCUCGGAGCGUCAAUCCCUUGACCAAUGCCCAGUCUUGCCCCUCCGGCUUCUUUCAGCUGAGGCUCUUUGACCAGCUCCAGCUGUGUGUCAGCACAGACUAUGAGAUAGGGCACAGGUACUCCGUGCCCUUCGGGGGGCUCUUCAGCUGCGAGACAGGGAACCCCUUGGCAGGGGCCCACCAGGGGACCGUGGAUGACCCCUACCUGAAGCGCUGCCCGGCGGGAUUCAGCCAGCACCUGGCUCUGAUCAGCGAUGGCUGCCAAGUGGAGUACUGCGUCCAGUCUGCGACCUUCACCGGAGGGGCCCUGCCCCCAGUGCGGCUCCCUCCCUACACCCGCCCACCCGCCAUGACCCUGGUGGACACUGACACCGUACUGGUGACCAAUGCGAAUGGAGAGCGCUCCUGGGUCAAAGACGCCCAGACCCAGCUGUGGCGGCUUGGCGAUCCCACUGAGACGCGCCACGCUGCAGGGCUGGGUGGUGGAGGGGGCCUGUCGGGCAAGGCAACAGCCGGCGUCACGGUGGCCGUCACCACCGGCCUGGCCAUCCUCAUCGCCCUGGCUAUCUACGGCUCCCGGAGGUACAAGGCCAGGGGUUACCGCACAGUGGAGGAAGGGCAGAGCCUGAUGCCAGACAGCUCCGCAUAUGGCACCGCUGCUGAGCUGGGGGAGCAAUGCCAGCAAGACCCAGAAAGCCAGAUGGGUUAACUCCCACUGGCUACUACUGGGGAAAGCCCCCUCUCUCCCCAGGCAUAGCAGCAAACUUCCUGCUGCACAGAGCUGUGAGCUCCCCCUCUCCCCCUGGGCAGAACCGUGAGCUCCCCCACCUCAGGCUGUAGCUGUGUCCCCACUGCAUGAUUAGCUUGAGCUGCAACCCACUCCCAACUGGCCAGCCCCCUGGAGCUAGAGAUGUGCGUGCACAGGAGUUGGGUCAGGGGUAACCCUUGAUCCCACCUCAGGGUGACACUGGAGUGGAGCCAGGUCCUGUCUGUGCUCUGAGCCACCAAGCGAUUAGAUGCAGAGAGGACCGGGAGGGGGGCACACAAUGCAGGGAUCACUCUAAAUAGCCCCUAUGACACUGCACCCCAUGUUCUCAUAGAAAUAUUAUGAUAUGAUUAUGGAAUAAAUAUGAUGCAUUUUGU